AUGGUGAAUUGGAAUCAGCUGGCCACGGCUUGGUCUGCGGACCAUGGUUUCGUGGGUUCUGGAAAAGUUCAAGCCAUGCAGCGAACCUUGCCUCUGUUGGAAGACACUGCCUCUGUUCCGUUUGUGUGUCGGUAUCGAGCGGACAUUGUUGCUCCACUUUCAACCAAGGAAGUUCACAAACUGGCAGAAAUGUUCGCAUCUUGGAACAGUUUGCAAUCGCUGCGAAAAAAAAUUCUCGAUAAGAUCCAGGAGGAUACACAACUGCAGCAUCGUGUGCAGAGUUCUAUCAGCAAAAGUGAGCUUGAAGAUCUCUACGCACCCUUCAAACCACCUUCAAAAGGGUCGUUGGAAGAUCGAAUUGCCAAAGAACAUCCUCACUUGAAGGCCGAAGUGGAUGCCUUUUGGCAAGGCCAACAGACAACUAGUCAGGAAAAGAAGUUACGCCCACGUGAGGCCGCCGUUACCCUUCUAGCCAACAAAAUUGCGAGUCACACGCCCACUACAGAUGCUCUAUUGGAAUAUGUGGAGCGUUUUGCCAAGGUGAAAGCUUCAAAGGUCUCACCAGGCAAAGAUGUCGAUGCAAAGACCAGGUCUGAAAAUGACAAGAAGUACGCUACUUAUUACGACUUCUCGGUUGCUUAUGGCUAUAUUCGCGAUCAUCAGGUGCUGGCCAUUCGGCGGGGAGUCAACAAUAAAGCAAUCAAGUUGUCAUAUGAUAUCGAUGCAGAACGUACAGAAUCUCGGAUACGACGGUCGCUUCUGGAUGAAGGUGUGCAACUGCAAGGCAAGGCUGCUGGAUUAUGGGCGGAUGCAACCAAAGAUGCGUGGAGUCGUCUGUUACGAAAGAGAAUCACCAGUCGUCUCUGGAAAGACAAAUGCACCCAUGCAGAGGAAAAAUCCAUGGAAGUCUUCCGAGUCAAUCUACUCAAGGCACUCUUAGCACCACCGCUGAGCACGCCAAAGCCUCUUUUAGCGUUGGAUCCUGGUUUUGCCGCAGGCAUCAAGGCAUGCCUUCUUCAAAGCACAGGCCAAUUGUUGUUUCAAGACGAAGAAACAUCGUUAGUGACAGUCAAGUUCCUGCAGAAUCGAAAGGAGGGCAUAGAAACCCUCAUCAGCUUAUUGCAAAUACUCUAUAGCGCCCAAGACAACGAGCAUGGUAACACGGCCAAGACGACAAACGGGAAGAUGCCCAAACCACCAGUUGUGACAGUGGCUCUGGGAAAUGGCCACGGGUCGCAAGAGGCUCGGCAGCUUGUUCGAGACGCAUCGGAUAAAUGCGGCAUACCUAUCGAUAUUCAACUCGUUAGUGAAGCCGGGGCGAGCGUCUGGAGUGUCACGGAGGGAGCUAGCCGUGAAUUUCCAUCCCAAGCACCUGCCGCGAUAGCUUCAGUGUCCAUUGGACGCCGAUAUCAGAACCCUCUGCCAGAACUUGUGAAAAUACCACCACGUUCGUUGGGUUUGGGAAUGUAUCAACAUGACUUGAAAGAAACUGAGCUGGACGAAAAGCUUCGAAUUACUUCAAUCCACGCGGUCGCGGAAGUGGGCGUCGAUGGGAACUCUUGUAGCGCUGAAAUAUUGGAGAAGAUCCCUGGGUUGACCUCUAAGCUUGCUCAACGAAUCAUUGAAGCCCGUCCUCUUAGAGCUCGCAAUGAUAUGCUGGAACGAGUGUCAGGCAUUGGAACCAAAACCUAUGAGAAUUGCGCCGCUUUCAUCAAGGUUGCCGGGGACGAGCCUUUGGAUGCCACUUUGGUGCAUCCAGAGUCAUACCCCCUUGCACGGUAUCUGUUGAAGAAGCUUAAAUGGAAUUUGGCUGACAAAGCAUCAAUUCGCAAGGCUGAUCUGCCUCAGACGAAACAUGGUCGCUGUGAGAAGUGGGGAGACCUUAUCGAGAAAGCAGCCGUAAAGUACAGUGUGACGCAGGAUCGCGUUGAUUCCGUUGUUGGCCAUUUGAUCUCUUCUAUCACCAACCCCGACCCUCGCUUGGGAGGAACCAUGUCCAUUGUUGGUUCUUCGCCUGUCGCCUCUGCGGCAAAAGCUACUGAUGUGGGAAGUGUUGAUGGUUGCAGCCUGCUCCCAUCCAGCACCAGCACCUCGAUUGGGGCCCUGCGAAAGGCAUGCCCCCUGCGAGGCAUUGUUGCUACUGUGCGGAAUGUGGUUGAUUUCGGAGCCUUUGUGGACUUUGGUGGGGAGAACGACGGGCUUCUCCAUCGCUCGAAGUUGGGCCCUGUCUCGCUCUCAUCGCUCCUUGUGGGUCAGGAGGUUGGAGUGGAUAUUUUGAGUGUCUCGGACAAUGGAAGAGUCGCAAUCGCGUUGAACGGUCUCAACUGUGAUCCUGAACCGUCGAAACCCAAACAAACCAAUGGCAAGAAUGCAGGGAAACGCUCGUAUUCGACAACAGCAAGAAAGCCAGAGAAUCCACCCGCGAAACGUCGCCGUGCUGGCCGAAAAGGCUAG